UCUCGAUUCUCCGAUUUUCCCUCUUCUACAAAAAGUUGAGCUUCCACUUCUGAGAACAUCCAUCUCUCCUGUUUAUCCCAAUUGAAUCUACAAACCGAAACCACAAUGAGUUUUCUCUACAGCCAGCUGUUCAAAUCCCUUCCGUACCCCCAGGGCUCAUAUGCCGGCAAGACCGUCGUGAUCACCGGCAGCAAUGUCGGCCUCGGAAAGGAAGCCGCGCGACACUUUGCCCGCCUCGGCGCCAGCAAGUUGAUCCUUGCCGUCCGAAGCCUCGACAAGGGACGCGUCGCCAAAGAGGACAUCGAAGCCACGACCAACUGCGCCAAGCACGUUGUCGAAGUCUGGGAGCUCGACAUGUCCAAGUAUGCCAGCGUGCAAAAGUUCGCAUCUCGCCUUAGCGCCGAGCUGGAGCGUGUCGACAUCUUCAUCGCCAACGCCGGCGUGGCCCACACCGAGUUCAGACAGAUGGAAGAUAAUGAGGGGACGAUCACGGUCAACGUCGUCUCCACAUUCCUCCUGAUGGCGCUCGUCUUGCCCAAGAUGAAGGAGACGGCGGCCAAGUUCAGCACCCGGCCCACGUUCACGAUCACAUCUUCGGAGGUCCACGGGUGGACGAAAUUUGAACAGCGCAAUGCGCCUGACGGCGAGAUCUUCAACACCAUCAACGAGAAGGCGUCCAAGUCUUCGGACGAGGUGGAGAAGCUCUACCCCCUCUCCAAGCUCCUCGAGGUGCUCAGCGUGAGGACAUUUGCCGAGCUGCACCCGGCUUCCGAGUACCCCGUCACGGUCAACAAUGUCAACCCGGGCUUCUGUCACUCCGAGCUAACCCGCGACAUCCAAACAUGGCGCAUGUGGCUCAUGAAGCUCCUUCUGGCCCGGACAACAGAGUAUGGUAGCAGAACCUUGGUAUCUGCGGGAUCUGCGGGGGCCGAGUCUCACGGCCACUACAUGUCCGACUGUGCCGUUGCGAAACCGGCGCCGUUUGUGACGAGCAAGGAAGGAAAGGAGGCGCAAGAUCGGGUGUGGAACGAGCUUGUACAGAAGCUGGAGGCAAUUCAGCCGGGUGUCAUGGGCAAGAUCUGAUCGGCUUUUUGAAGCAAUUCUUUGUUAUGUAUCAUUAUUUUACUGUUUCUCGUGAAGAGGAACGGUAUUUCGGCCGCACCUCGACGUCUCCCCAGACCUCGGGCCUCACAAAGGCGAGAUUAUGAUUCUCCGGAUCUUUCUGGUACUAUGUACUUAAUGAGCACACGUUCCAGUAAUAGCGUACUUCUAUCAUCCA